CAAAACAGUGCCCUCAUCAGUCAUCUAGUGUAAUUAUAGAGAACCGGAUUGAUCGAUUACCUUUUUUAUGAGGAAAGUUUGAUUGAAAGAAGGUUCGUUGUCGUUACAAGUAAUUCGUUCACUUUUCGAAUUUUUCUAAACGGUUCGCUCGCUAGAUACAUUUGAUUUAGAUAGCAAAUGUAUUGACAGUUGGGUUUAGUCGGUGACUACUUGUUAACAAGCUAGCUACAUUGCAAGCUAGCUAAUGCAGCAACUGGUGGUGCAGGGACUGAACAGUAGUCUUGUCGUUGCAGCUGGAUAGCACAGCAGAAUGGAACUUUGUUCUCUUUCUACAAGACUUUAUCAAGCAAGAGCACAAUCCAUGGAGCACAUUAGGUUGACAGCUACGCUUGGUCUUUCUGUGUGCGUGGAGUGCCUAUGGCGGAGUUUGGAGAGAACGACGGCUCAUCUCCAUCGAAUACUGGGGAUUCGGUGGCUUUGCCCUGUGAUCAAACAGACGGGAAGACGCAGUGCGAAGUAUCGGUCUUCAAUGGGGACUGUGGGAUACCGGUAAACAUGGUUGGAUCAGAAACGUUACCUGACAGCCCAGGGCUUGAAACAGCCAACAACUCCUCUGUCGGAUUGGAUUCCAAAUCUGGAAUACCACGCAGGAGCAGCAUUAUAAAGGAUGGCUCGAGGCUGCGCAAAGAGAGGAAGAAGACGGUAUCGUUCAGCAGCAUGCCCACUGAGAAGAAGAUCAGCAGUGCGAGCGACUGCAUCAACGCCAUGGUGGACGGCUCGGAACUGAAGAAGGUCCGCUCCAACUCCCGCGUUUACCACCGCUACUUCCUCCUGGACGCCGACAUGCAGUCUCUAAGGUGGGAACCCUCCAAAAAAGAGUCAGAGAAAGCCAAAAUUGAUGUCAAGUCCAUCAAAGAGGUGCGGACAGGGAAAAACACAGAAACGUUUAGGACCAACGGAAUAUAUGAUCAGAUAUCAGAGGACUGUGCCUUCUCGAUCAUCUAUGGGGAGAACUAUGAGUCUUUGGACUUGGUUGCAAACUCUGCCGAUAUGGCCAACAUAUGGGUGACCGGGCUUAGAUACCUGAUAUCCUAUGGGAAACACACACUGAAUAUGAUUGAGAGCAACCAGAACAACAUGCGCUCCUCCUGGCUCGGGGACCUCUUUGAGGAGGCUGAUGCCAACAACAGCAAGCACAUCAGUCUAUGUGCUGCCGUGCAGCUAAUUAAAAACCUAAACCCUGGACUCAAAAACGUUAAGAUUGAACUCAAGUUUAAGGAGUUUCACAAAUCUAAAGAUAAGGUGGGAUGUGGUGUGACUAAGGAGGAGUUCAUUGAAGUCUUUCAUGACCUUUGCACAAGACCAGAAAUGUAUUUCCUUCUUGUCCAGUUCUCUAGCAACAAGGAAUUUCUAGAUACCAAGGACUUAACUAUGUUUCUGGAGGCUGAGCAGGGUAUGGCACAAGUAAGUGAAGACACCAGUCUGGAGGUCAUUCAGAGUUAUGAACCUUCCAAAGAGGGGCAGCUCAAGGGCUGGCUCUCCCUUGAUGGGUUUACCAAUUAUCUCAUGUCGCCAGAGUGCCACAUCUUUGACCCGGAACAAAAAACAGUGUGUCAGGACAUGAACCAGCCCUUGUCCCACUAUUACAUCAACGCUUCCCACAACACAUACCUGAUCGAGGAUCAGUUUAGAGGCCCCUCUGACAUUACAGGGUACAUCCGUGCCCUCAAGAUGGGCUGUCGAAGUGUAGAACUAGAUGUCUGGGAUGGACCAGAUAAUGAGCCUGUCAUUUACACUGGCCACACAAUGACCUCGCAGAUAGUCUUCUGCAGUGUCUGUGACGUCAUCAACAAAUAUGCCUUUGUUGCAUCUGACUUUCCCCUGAUAUUGUGUCUGGAGAACCACUGCUCCUUAAAUCAGCAGAGGGUCAUGUUUCAGCAAUUGAAAAAGAUUCUUGGUGACAAGAUUUACAUGGUUCCACCUUCACCUGAAGACAGCUACCUGCCCUCACCCUUUGACCUCAAGUGUAAGAUCCUGCUGAAGGGGAAGAAGCUGGGCACAACCUGCAUUAGCUCGGAGGGUGAAGUGACUGAUGAGGAUGAGGGGGCUGAGAUGUCACAAAGAAUGAACAUUGAAGCCGACGAACAGCAGAGCAUCCCACUGAAAAAGUUCCAGCUGUCCAAGGACCUCUCUGACCUGGUAACGUUGUGUAAAUCGAUUGCGUUCAAAGACUUCCCAACAGCUUUCCAAAGCCAGAAGCACUGGGAACUCUGCUCGUUCAAUGAGGUCUUUGCCAGUCGCUGUGCCAAUGACUUCCCAGGCGACUUUGUUAACUACAACAAGAAGUUAUUGGCGAGAGUCUACCCCAGCCCAAUGCGGAUCGACUCUAGUAACAUGAACCCUCAGGACUUCUGGAAGUGUGGUUGCCAGAUCGUGGCAAUGAACUACCAGACCCCCGGGCUGAUGAUGGACCUAAACAUUGGCUGGUUCCGUCAGAAUGGGAACUGUGGUUAUGUGCUGCGACCAGCCAUAAUGAGGGAGCAGGUGUCAUAUUUCAGUGCCAACACUAAAGACUCAGUACCUGGUGUGUCUCCUCAGCUCUUGCACAUAAAGAUCAUAAGUGGACAAAACUUCCCCAAACCCAAAGGCUCAGGCUCCAAAGGAGAUGUUGUUGACCCUUAUGUCUAUGUGGAGAUACAUGGCAUCCCUGCUGAUUGUGCAGAGCAAAGGACUAAAACUGUCAAUCAGAAUGGGGAGAACCCACUGUUUGAUGAAAGCUUUGAGUUUCAGAUAAACCUACCUGAGUUGGCCAUGGUGCGCUUCGUGGUGCUUGAUGAUGACUACAUUGGCGACGAGUUCAUCGGCCAGUACACAAUCCCCUUCGAGUGUCUCCAGCCGGGAUUCCGGCACAUACCGUUACAAUCGCUAACGGGGGAAGUCCUUCCCCACGCCUGGCUAUUCGUCCAUGUGGCCAUCACCAACCGAAGGGGCGGGGGCAAGCCUCACAAGAGGGGACUCUCUGUGCGUAAGGGCAAGAGAAGUCGGGAGUACGCCACCAUGAGAGUGCUGGUCAUCAAGGCUGUGGACGACAUCUUCAAGACAGCCAUACUGCCACUGAGGGAAGCCACCGACCUCAGAGAAAACAUGCAGAAUGCCAUAGUGCCCUUCAAGGAACUGUGUGGCCUCUCGGCAGUGGCCAACCUGAAACAGUGCAUCCUGGCCCUGUCCUCCCGGCUGACGGGGGCUGACAGCAACCCCCUCCUGGUGUUCAACCUCAAGGACCAGUACCCCACCAUGGAGCCCCAGGGCCUGCUACCAGAUGUCCUGAAGAAGGUGGUCACUGCCUAUGACAUGAUGAUCCAGACCAGCAAGACUCUGCUGGAGAACUCCGAGGGAGCCUACGACCGAAUACUGCUAACCCAGAAAGCAGCGAUGGAGUUCCAUGAGAACCUCCAUGACAUGGCGGUGAAGGAGGGCCUGAAGGGCAGGAAGCUGGCCAAGGCUGUGGAGAGCUUCACCUGGAACAUAACCAUCCUCAAGGGCCAGGCGGACCUGCUGAAGCACGCAAAGAGUGAAGUCCAGGAGAACCUGAAGCAGAUCCACUACGCCGCCCUCACCUGUAACCUCAGUAAGGACGGGCCAUCAGGGAGCACGGCAGGCUCCGAGUCCAGGACCCGACCACGCAGCCUGGACGCCAUCCCCGAGAAAGCCACGGGGGAGGACGAGCUCUCUGAGGAGGACAACUGAAGGCUUACGCCCUAAACCCUUCAUACCUUCAAGCCCCUUGCCCUACCCUAGUGGAACUCCUACCCCCAAGCACCUUUCCCUACCCUAGUGGAACUCCUACCCCCAAGCACCUUUCCCUACCCUAGUGGAACUCCUACCCCCAAACACCUUUCCCUACCCUAGUGGAACUCCUACCCCCCCAAGCACCUUUCCCUACCCUAGUGGAACUCCUACCCCCAAACACCUUUUCCCUACCCUAGUGGAACUCCUACCCCCAAGCACCUUUCCCUACCCUAGUGGAACUCCUACCCCCAAACACCUUUCCCUACCCUAGUGGCACUCCGACCCCCAAGCACCUUUCCCUACCCUAGUGGCACUCAUACCCCCAAGCACCUUUCCCUACCCUAGUGGAACUCCUACCCCCAAGCACCUUUCCCUAGUGGCAUACAUAAAUCUCCUUACCGCAGUCCCACACAAACCUGACUACAACUAUUCUUAUUCCAGCGCCGUAUAAAACCAUUCCAUUCCCACCCCAGUCUCACUCAAACCUCCCUUUGCUUAACCCGGUACCACAUAAAAAGCCCUUAACCCUUCCUGCCCACCUCAACGUCCAACAGCAAGAUGUCGCGGGUCAACUAGGAGGGCCACGUGAACUUGCAGCCACGGGACAGUCUUAAAGCAGUGACCUACUGUAGAGACAGUGCACUUAUUUACAGGCAGACCCCAGGGUCUGACCUUAGGAGAGCCGCUCUGAACGGUUCAAGGAUUUCUUAAGCACAAUUUACGGGUUUCUGACCAACCAGAAACUAGAGCUGUGAAUGUAAUAGGAAACAGGAAGAGGAACAAUGGCGAGAAGAAAAGGGAGGAGAGCGCUGUUUACAAUAAUGAACUUGUUCAUGUUUUUGUCUGCCAAAAUAGUAUGUGUAUAUAUGGAGUUCUGUUACUUUUUUUCCAACGUGCUUCAUUUUAUUAUUGUAUUCUUGAGAAAUAAGAUUUAUUUUGUAAAGGAAAUGGCUCGUCCAUGAAAAAUAACUAUUUUAUUUGUCUGUGCAGAUGUGAAAUGGAGGUGUCCUUGACACUUUCCCACUGUUCCUUUGUCGAGACCGAGGGACGGAUAGAGACUUUAAACCUCAGUGUGUGGUCCAAAGGGUGGCAGUCGAGUCUCAAGCACAACUAGCAACUGCUUUGGGAAGGAACCAUGGAGAGAGUAACGCGUUAGGGCUACGUUUUGGUGUCAUUUCACCAUUCCAUGUGAGAGGGUUGAGUGGGAUGUACAAAGUAAUAAUAGCUUCUCAACCAGUCCUGGUAACAACUAGCACCCUAUUCAUGAAUAUGUUUUCAUGUACAACUCUGCCUCAUUGCUACAAAUCAGUCAACAAAGGGGAUGGAUGGUGAGGAAAGAGACACUCUUCCUCACAUCCAUCUUAACCUGCUUUUCCCCACCAGUUGCUUCUAGUUUUGUAUUUGUCCCCCUGUUCAUUCUCUCCACAGUGCUGAAACAGUGUUGCUCCUAGUCAACUUUAGCCAUCCACCACUACCUCUGGAUCUCACCACCAGUGUUUUAACUGGGCCCACACUGGGACAAAAAGUAAUUAAUGAACUUCAGUGUCGUGACAGUUGUAUUUAUAACUGUUGUUAACCAUUUUUACAUAUGGUUGAACUGAAUACUGGUUUUGCGCUUAUCUGUUAAUUCCCAAAACCUUCAGAAUAAACUACGUCAAAUCGUU